AUGGAGACGGCGGAGAAGGAGUGCGGAGCCCUCGGCGGCCUCUUCCAAGCCAUCAUCAACGAUAUGAAGAGCUCCUACCCCAUAUGGGAAGAUUUCAACUCAAAGGCCACCAAGCUGCACUCCCAGCUCAGGACCACGGUGCUGGCCGCAGUUGCCUUCCUGGAUGCCUUCCAGAAAGUGGCUGACAUGGCCACCAACACCCGAGGUGCCACAAGGGACAUUGGCUCAGCGCUGACCCGGAUGUGCAUGCGGCACCGCAGCAUCGAGGCCAAACUCCGGCAGUUCACCAAUGCCCUCAUGGAGAGCCUGAUAAACCCUUUGCAGGACAGGAUUGAGGACUGGAAGAAAACUGCCAACCAGCUGGACAAGGACCACGCAAAAGAGUACAAGCGAGCACGCCAUGAGAUCAAGAAAAAGUCCUCUGACACCCUCAAGCUCCAGAAAAAGGCUCGCAAAGAGCUACUUGGGAAGGGGGACCUGCAGCCCCAGCUGGACAAUGCACUGCAGGACGUCAAUGACAUGUACCUGCUGCUGGAGGAGACGGAGAAGCAGGCAGUCCGCAAAGCCCUCAUCGAGGAGCGGGGCCGCUUCUGCACCUUCAUCACUUUCCUGCAGCCCGUGGUGAACGGGGAGCUCACCAUGCUGGGAGAGAUCACCCACCUGCAGGGAAUCAUCGAGGACCUGGUGGUGCUUACCGCUGAGCCCCACAAGUUGCCCCCUGCCAGUGAGCAGGUGAUCAAGGACCUGAAGGGCUCUGACUACAGCUGGUCCUACCAGACGCCCCCGUCCUCACCCAGCAGCUCCAGCUCCCGCAAGUCCAGCAUGUGCAGCCCCCCCAGCAGCGUUAGCAGUGCCAAGGGUGGCAUGGCGUGGCCCGGCGGGGCUCAGACCUGCUCACCCAGUUCCACCUAUCGCUACCGCAGCCUGGCGCAGCCCCCCGCCGCCACCACCCGCCUCUCCAGCGUCUCCUCCCACGACUCCGGCUUCAUCUCCCAGGACGCCACUUAUUCCAAACCACCUUCCCCCAUGCCCUCGGACAUCACCAGCCAGAAGUCCUCCAGCUCGGCAUCCUCAGAGGCAUCCGAAACCUGCCAGUCAGUUAGCGAGUGCAGCUCCCCCACCUCGGACUGGUCCAAGGCCAGCCCCUAUGACCAGCCGGUGGUCCCUACUCUGCAGCGGCGCAAGGACCGCGUGGAGCACCUGAGGGAAGCCGAGAUGGGCUCUCCUGCUGGUGGGUACUCAGGCAUCAGCGGCGAGGAUGCUCCCAGGCCCCGGAUGUCACCAGCUACAAUUGCUGCCAAGCAUGGGGAGGAGGUGUCCCCUGCCGCCAGCGACCUGGCCAUGGUCUUGACCCGUGGGCUGAGCUUAGAGCACCAGAAGAGCAGCCGGGACUCACUGCAGUACUCCAGUGGCUACAGCACACAGACCACCACCCCCUCCUGCUCUGAGGACACCAUCCCUUCCCAAGGCUCCGACUACGACUGCUACUCGGUGAACGGAGACGUGGAGUGUGACCCCCAGAGUGAUUUUGACAAGUCCUCCACCAUCCCACGCAACAGCAACAUCGCCCAGAACUACCGGCGGAUGAUCCAGACCAAACGUCCUGCCUCCACCGCCGGGCUGCCCACCGGCACCAACCUACCGGCCGGCACCACCCCAGGGGUGGCCACCAUCCGCCGCACGCCCUCCACCAAGCCCUCGGUCCGCCGUACGCUCUCCAAUGCUGGCCCCAUCCCCAUCCGACCCCCCAUCGUCCCUGUGAAGACCCCCACAGUGCCCGACUCCCCUGGCUACGCCGGCCCUACACGGGUGGGCAGUGAGGAAUGCGUCUUCUACGCUGAUGAUGCCUCUCCGAACCCCCUGGAUUUUGCCAAAGCUUCGCCCAAGCGGCUGAGCCUUCCCAACACUGCCUGGGGUGGCGGUGCCAUGGAGAUCUCUGUCUACCCCGGGGCCGGCCAGCACCUCUCCGCUGAGGAAGAGGAGGACCAGCAGCUGGCUGCCAACCGGCACAGUUUGGUGGAGAAGAUUGGGGAGCUGGUGGCCGGUGCUCACGCCCUGGGGGAAGGUCAGUUCCCCUUCCCCACCGCCCUCGUGGGGUCCGGCCCCAGCGAGGAGACCCCCGCGCCGCCCCCCGCGGCCUCCAUGGACCCCCCAGCCGAAGACAUGCUGGUGGCCAUCCGGCGCGGGGUGCGCCUGCGCAGGACCGUCACCAAUGACAGGUCGGCCCCGCGGAUAUCGUGAUGAUGCCCCGGCCAGCGGGGACGUGCCCACCGUGGCCGACGGACCCCCGGGGGCAACCGCUGUGCCUCCCUGGGAACCCCCACCCGCCGGCACCCGCUGCCCUAUCCCUCCCUGGUGUGCCCCCUGCCUCCUGCCCCUCUGUCUCCUUCUGCCUUCUCCCUACAUCCCUCCUUCACUUGCUCUCUCUUCAGCCCUCUUUUUUGCCUUUUCUCCUUUUUCCUAUUUUUCUGCUUUUUCCUUUUGUUCUUCUAUGUCGCCUUCUCUUACUUUCUUCAUUUUCCCAUUUUUCUUUUCCUCUUCUUGUCCUUUUUUCCUUUCUUUUUAACUCAUUUUCUCCUUCCUACUAUUUUCCUCUUUUUUCCUUUCCUUUUUUUCACCUCUUCCCCUUUGUUUCUCUUUUCAUUUUCCCCUCUCGCUUUCCCUCUCCUCUGUUUUCUUUCCCCCGGGCGCAGGCGGGUGGCCCCAGCCGCAGCAGGAGAGGACGGUGCCAGCGGGGCUGUGGCUGCCAUGGAGCACCAGGAGCACCAGGAAUGGGGGGCCCUGGCCCCAUCCCCCCCAGCUGCCUGCUUGGGGCCAGCACAGCUCAGCCUCAUUCCAGGGGGCA